AUGCACGCAGCUCCGGGUUCAGUCCCCAGUGCCGUGUACGUUGGCAUGAUGGCACAGGUCUGUUGUCCUAGCGCUCAGAAGGUGCAAGAAGAAAUAGAGUUUGGGGCCAGCCCUAGAUACAUCAGGGAUGAGUACGUGGAGACGCUGAGCAAGAUCUACCUGUCCUACUACCGCUCUUAUGUGGGGCGGCUCAUGAAAGUGCAGUAUGAGGAAGUUGCUGAGAAAGACGAUCUAAUGGGUGUAGAAGACACAGCAAAGAAAGGCUUCUUCUCGAAGCCGUCCCUCCGAAGCAGGAACACCAUUUUUACCCUGGGCACCCGUGGUGCUGUCAUCUCACCGGCCGAGCUUGAGGCCCCCAUCCUGGUGCCCCACACUGCCCAGCGUGGAGAGCAGAGGGUAUGGCAAGGCUACCCCUCCGUGGCCAGGGAUCAGUUCCCCAAGUGUUAGUUUGGGGGUCCCUGGCCUGCUGUGAUGUGGGAGGUUAGGAGCCAUGGAGAGGGAGCCAUGGUUAGGAGCCGUGCAGAGGGAGACUGACUGGGGCGUGACUGUCGGGAGGCAACAGUUGAAGUGGCUGUGGGGGCGGCAGUCGGUGGGCAGCGCUUUUCUUGUGACCUGUGCCCCAUCUUCAGUACCUGUUCAGGGUGCUCCUCCCUGCCUGGAGGUUGGGUGUGUGGCCUUGU